AUAUCUCCAUCCAUCGUCUUUGAAACUCCGUUCUCACUCGAGUAGAAUCUGAUCAGUGGUUCGACAGAAAGAUGGAUUUCUGCGUGGGAGUCGGAAUCGAAGCAAUUCUCCGGGAAAUCAAGGCGGCGGCGACGAAUCCGUCAGCCGGUAACCUCCUGACUUCCCCUUCGUCGCUCCACUUCUCCCUCUGCAUCGUGGCCUGCGGGGCCACCGGCAGAACCUCCGACCAACUGCUCGCCGCCCUCGGCUACGAAUCUGUCCAAGACCUCAAUUCCAAAGCUCUGUCUUUCAUGGCCGCGCUCACCACUGCCGACGACGACAACAACAAGAACAAGAGCGCCAACCUCCCCACGCCGCCGCCAACUGAGUUUGUGAACCCGUCGGGCAUGCCGUACUUCUAUCCGAGUAUGUUCUCCGGCCAGCCAGCUCAGCAACCAGCCGGGGGCAGAGAAGCGACGGUGAUGGCAGGGAGUGCAAUUUGGUUCGAUCAUGAAUCGCCCCUCAAACCUUCCUUCGAGAGGGUCAUCAAGGAUGUCUACCGCGCUCAAUACUCUUACGGCGAUUUCCGGCUUCAGGCUCUGAGAAUUGCAGAGGAGAUAAACCAGUGGGCAGACAGAGCUACCAAAGGGCACAUAAAAGAUAUCAUUGGGCCUGACAAUAUCAGGAAAGAACUAGUUAUGAUCCUCGUGAAUGCAAUCUACUUCAAGGGAUUCUGGACUCAGCCAUUCGCAAAAGUCAUGACGCAGGAGGAAGAUUUUUACCUCUUCGAUGGAACCAAGAUCAGGACUUCCUUCAUGAGGAACCCGAUGUCAAACCACUACUAUGGAUCCUUCGACGGCUUCAAGGUCCUGAAGCUCCCCUACGAGAACGGGACCAAGAAGCAGCAGCAGCAGUUCGCGAUGUACAUCUUCCUUCCCACGACCAUCAGCCUGCAGGAGAUGCUGCUCAGGUUCUGUCCAUAUUUGGGACCGAUGCAGAACUUGGAGCUUCAACAGACGAUGCUCGAGAAGGUGUGGAUCCCGAAGCUGAAGUUCACGAGCCUGUUCAAUCCUUGUGAUAUAAUGAAGGAUCUGGGGCUGCAGCUGCCGUUUCAGAGGCUCGGUGAGUUCACGGAGAUGGUGGGACAUAACUCGGAGAGGAUUUGUGUCAAUGAGGUGUAUCAGAAGGCUUACAUUGAAGUAGACGAGGAAGGAACUGAAGCUGCCGCAGUUACUGUGAUGAGCUUCGGAUGCCGGCCACCCAGUCCACCACCGCCUCCCGAGGAGAAGUUUGUGGCCGAUCGUCCGUUCAUGUUCAUGAUACAGGAAGAAGUGUCGAGGGCUGUGCUUUUCCUUGGCGCUGUGCUUGAUCCACGCCAGCAAUGA